GCACCGCGAAGUUUGGUUUGCGAUGAGACUAUCCUUAUCUGUAACUAUCCUUUCUUUCUUAAUUAUACUUCAACUACUGCUUGAAUGUGAAGCUAGACGUGGCGGUGGAGGAGGCGGUCAUCACGGAGGGGGUGGUGGACAUGGUGGCCAUGGUUUCGGAGGUAGUCGGGGAGGCUUCGGAGGAGGCCGCCAUGGCGGUCUGGGAGGACACAGAGGAGGCUGGGGAGGAGGCCAUCGAGGCUUUAGUGGCCAUGGAGGCUUCGGUGGACACCGAGGCGGUCCCCAAGGCGGUCCCAGAGGAUGGAGAGGUCAUGAGCAUGGCGGCUGGGGAGGCCGUCAUUCGCACGAUCGGGGAUUCGGACACCCUUCGUUCGGUUCUCAUUCCCACUUUCGAAACGGAGGAGGUGGUGGAGGAGGAGGAUUUGGCGGCUAUCGUAGCUUUGGCUGGAGAGGUGGCUACUAUCCCGGAUAUGGAUACGGUGGAUAUUACGGUGGUUAUGGUGGUUACGGUGGUCUGGGAAAUCUUGGUCUACUUGGUUUAAUAGGAUUGACCGGAAUGGCAGGAAUGGCUUCAUCAAACUUUGCGGAUUAUCCAUAUGAGACAGAGCAAAAUUUCCAAGACUCCCAGUAUACAGAGCCCUGCAUUGCGACGUUUUCAUACUAUGCUUCCAACGGCAUUCCGGUUUACCAAUGCGAUUGCCCUGGUUAUGGGAUCUCGUAUCAGUACAACAGAUGCGUACCGAUGCCCGGCACUGCCUUUAAGAGCAGAUGAUUCCUGUAAUAUUUGAUUUGUUUCUAUUCCUCUCCAAGUUUACGACGCGAUUGUAUAUUUUCCAUGUUUUAUGGAAAAGGAAGAAUCAUACAAGUGGAUCCACAAGUUGGUGCAUAAUUAGUUGCAAUCUUUGAACCUCUUGUUGUGAAUGGACGAUUUCAAAGGCCAACAGUUCGAUUUUCCUUAUUUAUAUGCAAUUUUUUAGCAUGUCAGGUCUUCUCUGCGCCGCGACUGCGUACAUUGAGAAAAUUCGCUCGCUAUUGUUGAUUUAAAUUGUAUGGGAACAAAAAAAAAAGCCUACUUGCCCGGCAUGGUGUGAAAAAUGUCCUUUCCAGUUUCAGCACUACUUUUUGCUUUGGUAUUUAAUUGCCGUCACCUUUCAGGGUUUGUGCGGCCGAGCAAUUUCUCCAGAAUCCUCUGAAUUUGCUUUGCCUUAACUAGUGGUAUAAAAC